AAUCCAAUCCAAUUCAAUCCAAACUCACGUGCACGUCUGCACGCCGUGUUCGUGAGGUCUGUUUUUUGCGUGAAUCGCGUCCCGUUUUCGUCCGAAAGGUGGUAGUACUUCCUUAUUUCUUUCGAUCAGACUAGAAAAAGGACCUUUGCGAACUUUCCGCGCUAACUACCGUCUCUGGAACGCGGCAACGCUCGCCGAGGCAAGUCAGUCGUUCCGGCGUACCACCAACCGGCGAGCAAUCGGGUCUGAACCAGCAUGGCCUCCAAGCUCGUCAGCUCGCGCUUGCUCUCCCUGUGCUCGCGCUACGGCGGCUGCAGCAGGCCGCUGUGGACCGUUCCCCAGCGCUCCCCGACACUCGUAGUCGGUGACUCCCGCCGCACCCUGACCCAAUGGAAGCCGACAAGCGUGCUGUUCCGUCCCGCCGGCCUCUGGAGGCCCUACUCGACGCCGCAGUCCGAACCGGACUCCAAGGACGAGCUCCACAACAUCAUCAAGAACACGGAGAAGGGCAGCGGUCCGAGCGAGAAGCGAGAGUUCCAGGCCGAGACGCGGAUGCUGCUCGACAUCGUGGCGAAGUCGCUGUACUCCGAGAAAGAGGUGUUCGUCCGUGAACUCGUCUCGAACGCCAGCGACGCGCUGGAGAAGCUGCGCUACCUGAGGCUGAGCGCCCAGCUCGAGCACGAGGCGCCCGAUGCCGCCGCUUCGCCGCUGGAGAUCCACAUCGCCACCGACAAGUUGGCCAACACGUUUACCAUCCAGGACACUGGCAUAGGCAUGACGCACGACGAAGUCGUCGAGAGCCUGGGCACCAUUGCGCGCUCGGGGUCCAAGGAGUUUCUGCGCAAGCUGACCGAGGCUGGCGACACGCCGGCGUCCAGCAUCAUCGGCCAGUUCGGUGUCGGCUUCUACUCCUGCUUCAUGGUCGCCGACCGGGUGGAGGUGUUCACGCGGUCGCGACUGCCGGAUGCCCGGGCGGUGCGCUGGUCCUCGGACGGGUCCGGAGUGUAUGAGGUGUCCGAGGCGGAGGGGGUGGAGCACGGCACCAAGAUUGUGCUGCACUUGAAGCCCGACUGUGCCGACUUUGCUGACGAGGAGGCUGUGUCCAAGGUGGUCCAGAAGUACAGCAACUUCGUAGGCAGUCCGGUCUUCUUGAACGGACGCCGAGCCAACACGCUCCAGGCCCUGUGGCUGUCGGACCCAAAGGAGGUAACGGCGCAGCAGCACGACGAGUUUUACCGCUACCUCUCGGGCGCAUACGACGUCCCCCGCUUCACUCUCCACUUCCGUACGGAUGUACCGCUGGGCAUCCGCUGCCUCCUCUACAUCCCCGAGGGCAAGCCGGGGCUCUUCGAGAUGAGCCGCGAGUCAGAGGUGGCCGGCGUGGCCCUCUACUCACGCCGUGUCCUCAUCAAGCCCCGCGCCGAAAUUCUCCCCAAGUGGCUGCGCUUCGUCAAGGGCGUUGUCGAGAGCGAGGACAUCCCCCUCAACCUGAGCCGCGAGCUCCUCCAGGACAGCGCGCUCAUCCGCAAGAUCCGGUCGGUCAUCACGAGCCGGCUCGUCAAGCACCUGUCGAAGAGCGCCGAAAAGGAGCCCGAGAGUUACGCCCGCUUCUACCGCGACUACGGAGUCUUCCUCAAGGAGGGCAUCCUGGCAUCCCACGAGCAGGCCGAGAAGGAGGAGAUUGCGCAGCUUCUGCGGUUCGAGUCUUCAGCGCGUCCGGCGGGGGAGACGGUCACGCUGGCGCAGUACUGCGCAGGGAUGAGGGAAGGUCAGCGGGACAUCUACUACCUGGCGGCUCCUAGCCGCCAACUCGCCGAGAGCUCGCCCUACUUCGAGGCUGUCCGGUCCCGCGACGUCGAGGUCCUCUUCUGCACCGAGCCAUACGACGAACUGGUCUUGGUACAGCUGCGGCAGUUCAACCGUCGGAACAUCACGUCCGUCGAGAAGGAAAUGCGGAGGGAUGCAGAGGCCGCCUCCGAGGAGUCCGAGGACGUCAAGGCGCUGUCGGAGUGGCUCCGGAGCGAGCUCGCUCCGAUGGUCCACAAGGUCAAGGUGACGCAGAGGCUCCAGAGUCAUCCGUGCCUCGUGUCCGUGGAGGAGAUGGCGGCGGCGAGGCACUUUGUCAAGACGUCGCUGCAGUCCUUCUCGGAAGAGGAACGUUACCGUUUGCUUGAGCCGACGCUGGAAAUCAAUCCGGACCACCCGAUCAUGGCCAAGCUAAAGACGCUGAGGAGUUCGGAUCCAGCUUUGGCUAAGAAGUUGGCUAGGCAGGUGUUUGGGAACGCGAUGGUGGCGGCCGGGCUUGUGGACGAUCCAAGGAAGGUGACUUCGGAACUUAACGACCUCCUUGCCUCUUUGCUUGAGAAGCACUGAGGGCUGCCGGUGUCUUUUGGAGCCUAGCAUCUUUCAAUGAGGACAUUCUUGGUUAGUUUGUGAAGGGGAGGGAGGUUACAUUAUUGCAUCAAUUGUAUUCAUGUAAAAUAAAGAAGCUUCCAUGUAGAUAAUAAACCUAAUGAAAGUUUCAUGUGAGA